GCAAUACGUGCUUCAUGUCCACUGACUGACCUCCUCCUUCACCGGAGGAAACUCUGAGUCUGCGCGCAUCGUGGACGCGCACCUGUUGCGCGGUGAUCCAGCGCUGACUGAAAACUUUGCGUUUGUUCCUGUUCGACGUUUAUUUGGCAAAGCUGGAAGUCACUGAGCUCGCGGGGAGGAAAACUGUGGGAAAAUUCUGCGCUACUGCUCCUGCAGGGAGGUGUUGAAGAGCCUCUGACAUACUGACACUGACAGACACUGCAUGGAGGAACUGUGAAAGAAGCAGGGCUUGACUGCCGAGGAUGGUGCAGAACAUGGAGAUCAACGUGUCCUUCCUGACUGAGUCUGAGCAAGAAUUCAUUCUAGAAGUCCUUCGGCGAGAUGAGGAGUUGAGGCGCUUGGAGGAGCUCCGUGUGAAGAAGCUAAAAGCUGAGUUGCUGGAAAUCAGAAGAAAGGGUGCGAAACGUGGCAGUGGAAAAUACAGCGAGCGCAGCUGUGGCCGCUGUCAAGAGCCUAUGGGCCUUCUGACCAACGGUAGCCAGUGCAGAGUAUGCAAACAUCAUGUUUGCAAAAAAUGUCAAUCUGCUCGACCCAACGGAUCUUGGAUGUGCACAGUGUGUGCCAAAGAGAUAGAUCUGAAGAUGAGCACCGGAGACUGGUUCUUUGACGAUGGGGUUAACCGCUACUCUACAGCUCCUGGACACGACUUGGUCCGAGUUUCCCUCAGGAAAAGGCCUCUGAGUAAAAAGCAUGAGACAGCUGGGGAAAUGCUGUUAAACACAGCCGAGUUGAAUUCCAGCCAAACUGUACCUGUGCCAAAGCCAAGACUGAAGGACAUCGCACUAGCAAAUAAGAGCUCACCUCCUGAGGCUUAUGAGGGACUUGAUGUGCAAGAGCAACAACGUAGUGACACAGAAUCAAUAGAAAGAGCCAGUCUGGGCAGCAGCCAUGCCGAGACCGAACUGUCCCACAGUACCCCACUAAUGCAAAGAAAAGAGGAACCGACAGACAAGACUAGUUCAGCAGACCCUGAUGUGUCCAUCCUGAUGCCCCCCGCUAACAGUGACAGCCCAUCAACCACUGAGACAGCCUCAUUAGUUUAUCACAUGAAUACCUGCUCUGACUCCAUGCGUGACGUGGAUGGGCUUUUCAAGAAAAGUGUCAGAAGAGUGCACAAACUAUCAGAUAUUAAACCAGCCUCCACACUUGAUUUGCGUGAAGAUGGAACAGAAAUUGCUGCACCCUCUAUGGGAGACAGAAGCCAGUCAGUUCCUGGCCUUAAUGCUGACGAUGAUGAGGAGGAGGAAGAUAUUGAUAACUUGGUGAAUAUACACAGGCAGAAAUUCGGUGAUAGCUCAGGAAGUUUGGGAGGCUCGAGGGCCACUCUUGGUAGUACGAUGAGUGUGUACAGUGAAGCAGGGGACUAUGACCGUGUGGAAGUGAGUGGAGAUAUUUUCUUCUCUCUCAGCUACGACGAGUCCAGCCAGUGCCUGACUAUUGUGGUCCAUGAGUGUAAAGGCCUGGCUUAUGCUGAUGCAGCAAAAAAGAAGUGCAACCCAUACAUCAAGGCUUACCUCCUCCCAGACAAAAGCAAGAAGAAAACCUCAAUCAAACAUAACAACAUUAACCCCAGUUUUAAGGAAACACUGAAGUAUUCCAUCAGCCGCACCCAGCUCAUGACUCGAACACUGCAACUCUCAGUUUGGCACUACGACCGUUUUGGCCACAAUGCCUUUCUGGGUGAGGUGGAGAUACCAAUGGAUAGCCAUGAUAUUGACUCUGCACAUCAAAAGUGUAUGGCUCUUAGAGGAAAGGCAGCUGCCCAGCCAUCAUCUCCAUUUGAUCAGUACAAAGGAGAGCUGGGGAUUUCACUUAAGUAUGUCACCACCAAUAAGACACAUGCCGAGGACUCUAAUGGAAAAGGAAAAAAGACCAAACCCACAGAUGGUGCUGAGCUGCAUGUGUUGAUCAAAGAGGCCAAAAAUCUGACAGCCAUGAAAGCUGGAGGCACAUGCGAUUCCUUUGUGAAAGGGUAUCUGCUGCCAACAAAGAACAAGUCUUCCUCAAAAAAGAAGACUCCAGUAGUGAAGAAGACGAAGAAUCCAAACUACAACCACACAUUUGUGUACACCGACCUGAGUCUGGAGCAGCUGAAGGAUGUAUGUCUGGAGCUCACCGUCUGGGACAGAGAGACCCUGCAUAGCAACGACUUCUUGGGAGGAGUUCGCCUCAGCUUGGGAGGAGUGACUAUCAAGGAGGGAAAGGAAGAGUGGGUGGCAGACUCCUCAGGGGAGGAGAUCUUGCUGUGGAGGAAGAUGAUGCAGUACCCCGACUCUUGGGCAGAGGGCACUCUUCCACUGCGCUCCUCCAUGGGAAAGGGCAAGUAAGGACAUUGUGCAAUAACCCCCCAGCCCCCAAAAGACAUUAUCAGGACAGGAGGUUACACAUUCCACAACAUUUGUGUGUUGCUGUUACAGCUGUGCAGUAUGAGAACAUUAAUGCAUCACAGUAAUAUUUUAAAGACUAUUUUAGGUUAAUGCAUAUGACCGUGCAUAAAAUGCUUUUACAUUUUUAAACAUUUAAGGCAGUUCACAAAUAAUGAUUUGGAAAUGUGCAGUGUGUAUAUGUUAAUUAUAUUUAUUUCCUAUAAAUGUUGCAGCUGAAUGGAUGUUUUGAAAUGCAUAAUUUGAAUGCUGUUCUUAAAAAUGGAGACAGUAAAUAUUUUAAUUUGAAUAACACUUUGGUUUUAAACGUGCACUUGAUAAAUGGCCCAAAAAGAUUGUAUUCAAUGUAUUUUAACAUCAUAAUGCUGUUUUACUCCAUUGUAAGCGACUUCUUUUUAGGAGCUACAUGAAAAUACCAGCAUUUAAUAAAUAUUAAAUAUUUUUAAGAAUCCA